GGAUCUGCGCACUGAUCCAAAUUGCGAAGACGAGGGGCCUAGCCAGACCUAGCCUGGAGGAGAGAGUAGAGAAGAGCCCUGGGCCUGGGUUUCCUCCAGCUCCACAACAGAUGCCACAAACGUCAUUCACUUCAAAACUAUAACAUCUGUUGAGUCGUUCGACUACACCACUUGGGCCGCUCGCUGCUGCAUAUUCAGCCAAUUUGGUAGUGAAGCCUGCAGUGGGAAGCGCUGUGACUUGGAUGCUUGUCUAUUUAUUAUAGCUAUUCCAUCAAGUGCGAAGAUUUCUGGAAGGGCUCCACAACUUACAGCUGCACCUACUGUGCGAUUGCAUCUGUGAAACCGUGCGGCACCUUCGCUGUCGUUGUCUUUCUUAAAAGUCUGGUUGUCUUUGAAGCGUCACCAAGUGAGCCAUAUGUUGAAAGACGCUGUUGGUCCGCUCUAUAAGCAACAGCUCUGUUCACCUUUUCUCAGCUGUAGAGGACUGCCAGCUCACUGAGGUUGCUGUGGCUUCAACCGGCUGACGCCAAGUGUCCCCUCCUGGUUGGUAAUUUUUCAUUCGCCAGAGCGUUGAAAAUGCAGGAAGCGCAGCACGUUUUUGUGCCCCGGGAGACAUUGCCAGACAGUCUGAGCUCACUCUCCACAAGCUCGGAGAAGGCGUCACUGCUCGGCGCUCGCCUCUACGUUCACACGGAGAAUGGGGUGCAAUGCCCGGCUGUAAAGCUGGGGGAGAGAGGCUACCACGUACAGGGUCAUCUCGUGUCCGCAGGGGCAGACGUCGGUAAACUCCUAGAAAAGGCCGACGCGCUUGAAAACUUCCCAGCCCGCUCCGAGAAGGAUGUUGUCAAGGUUGUCACAGAGAGUGGAAAGAGAGUGAACGCAUACGUCUACCAUAUGGACGAGGUUGAUAAGCAGCAAGUAGUACCUGAGAACGUCUGGAAAGCUUCUUAGAUUGUUUGGAAACUUGAGAAAAGUGAAGUGUGUACAUGUCGAGUCAGAAACAGGAGUCUCUGUUUCAAAAGGUGUUGAAGAAGCUAUAUGCUUGAGUGGCCCUUUUCUACCAUAAAAGCAGAAUACCAUCUAGAUUGUUUGUUCUGCGGACUUGAAUGCAGUGCUCAAGUCUGUUAAAAGAUUCUGGCCAAGCACUGGAACAUCUCCGCUCUUCUUGUGACUAUCCUUGAGAUCGUUCCGGUCGUCUUUGAUAUCAAAAGACCCUUUUUGACUGCGUCUUACGAGCAUCAAUAUAUCCCGCU